AUGAAGGAUUUGAAAGAUUGGUGGGUUGUCGUCAAGACAAAACCAAGGGUUGUAUACGAUCUACGACAAUGUGUUACUGAAGAAGAUGAUGAUGAGGAUGAAGAGGACCAAUUCUUUCAAGAAAGUGAAGCGACUUUACCUUCUACAAGUAGCGGCGUAAAUGAGGUGGAAGGACCCCUUUCUCAUGUAAUUGAAGGAGAAAUAGAAGAAGUUAAUGACAAUGACAUUGAGAGAGAAGAGGAUGAAGAAGUUGAUGAUAACUUAGAUGAUUCAUCCGAAGAUGAUAUUGAAGAUGAAGACAACAUAUGUGAUGAUAAUUCUGAUGAUGAGUAA